UCCGGAGGGACGGCGAUGGCAGCCCCUCGGGCCUGCGACGACGGCGCCUGCUGCCGCCACCGGAGCGCGGGGUCCGGCGCGCAGCAGACCCUGGCGGAGAUGGACUUCGAGCGAGGGAUCUGGUCGGCCGCGCUGGACGGAGACCUCCGCCGCGUGAAGCAUUUCAUCCAGAAAGCCACGGACCCCAGCCUGCCCGACAAGGCAGGCUACACCGCCCUGCACUAUGCCAGCCGCAACGGGCAUUUGGAGGUGUGCCAGCUUCUCCUGGAGAGCGGGGCGGAGUGUGACGCCCAGACCCACGGCGGGGCCACCGCCCUGCACCGGGCCUGCUACUGCGGCCACGCCGACGUGGCGCGCCUGCUCCUGUCUCACGGGGCCGACCCGGGCGUGCCCGACGGCGACGGCAUGACCAGCCUGCACAAGGCCGCCGAGCGGGGCCACCUGGACCUCUGCUCGCUCCUGCUGCAGCACAGCCCGGCCCUGAGAGCCGUCCGAGACCACAAGGCCCGGCGAGCCUGCGACCUGUCGCCGGGCAACAGUGGCCUGUAUGACCUGCUGGCCGGCUGAGCCUCCGGCCCUGGUCUGGGGGGAGCCCCCGGAGGAGGAGGCCCGGAGUCCCCAGGGCGGCCUGAGACCCUGCUGCCGGGCAGGAGCCGGGGUAGGAGGCAGUGGGUGCGAGUUUGACGCUGGCUUGCUGAUUUGAUGUGAGAGAAAUUACAAACGUUAUUUUCCUCCUUGAAGGUGCUUUGGGUCCAGUCUGGGGUCCGGCCAAGUGAGCACCAGGCAGAGACCUCCCCCUCCCCUGGGUCCCCUGCUCCUGCUGGCCCAGGCUGGGGCUCCUCCUUAGGCCAAGCCCCCCCAUAGUGGGGUGUUGGGACCAGGAGAUAACUUUUUCCUGUCCAGAUGUCUGCUCCCCAGCUUUAGAGCAUAAGGCAGAUGGGCUGGCCUCCCUGCACCCACCCUACACCUCCUGUCCUGUCCCUCUCUCCAGGCCUCCUCCCCUCUAAAGUGGGCCCAAAAUGGACUCCAAAAUCAGAGGGCACACACUGCUCCCCUCUGAGCAGAUCCCCAGCACGGUCCCGGGGAGGGUGUCGGGGCUGGCCGGAGCCUCGCUCCCGCGGUUGGCGAAGGCAGCCUCUGCAGUGGCAGCAGGGCUCGAGCUCUGGGCAGAGGCAGUCGUCCAGCGCGGGGGUGGCACAGUUGUCGGGGGGUGGGCAGGGCACGUUUCAUGGGGACAGAGAGCUGUUGGACAUGGUGUUUCUCUCUUCCUGGGGUAUUGUGCCAAGGUUGUGCUGCAGGGUGCUCCCGGGGGAGGUGAGGGAGCCCGGCUCUCCAGCUUGGCCUGUGCCAGGAGGCAAGACUGCCCCCGGGCAGAAGCGGCCCCUGUGACCACAGGGCCGUGGAAUUGCACAGCUCCUCCCCUCGGGAGCCUGGGCUAAUAAAAGCUGCGUCCUGCCCGUUAGGUAAUCUGGGCAGGGUGCAUUCAGCAGCAGAGAGCAGAGAAGCAGCGUGGCU